AUGGCCCCUGGUGUUUUGGACCCUGCUGAAUCAUAUAAUGAUGAGUGCAAUUUUGAGGUGUCUGAUGCAGGAUUUUUUGAUCCAGGUUUCAGAACAUCAUUUUCUCCAAUGUGCCAGCCUUUUCUGGGAAUGUUGGAAAAUGCAUCCUUUCUCUGGAUUCCUACAUUGUCUGAUGAAACUGGGGACCAGAAGAGGCUGAAGAGAACUGUUAACUGUACUGAUUCUACUGAUAACAGUUCUAUCAGUUACUCCCGCUCCGGCAGCUUUUCGAGCUCUGGAAGUGGAGGCAUUUAUCGUACGAGUAGUACCAACAGUGUUAACAGCCUCGGGAGGCAUCAUUUUCGCGAUCACAUUUGGACUUACACUCAAAGGUACCUUGCUGCAGAGGCUGUUGAAGAGGCCAUCAGUGGUUCUGAUCAGGAUGCUGGAAAUGAAGAUCAAGACGAUAACGGAGAUGGGAUGAAAUUAGUCCAACUCCUCAUUUCUUGUGCUGAAGCUGUAGCUUGCAGGGACAAGACUCAUGCCUCUGUCCUAUUAUCUGAACUUCGAGCCAAAGCAUUGGUUUUUGGAUCUUCCUUCCAGCGUGUGGCCUCCUGUUUCGUGCAGGGACUGGCUGACCGGCUGGCAUUGGUUCAACCACUGGGGACAGUGGGCUAUGUUGUACCAAAGAUGAAUAUCAUGGAUGUUAAUUCGGAUAAAAGGGAAGAGGCUUUAUGCCUUGUUUAUGAAACUUGCCCGUACAUACGGUUUGGCCACUAUGUUGCGAAUUCUUCCAUAUUGGAAGCCUUUGAGGGAGAGUGUUUAGUCCACGUGGUGGACUUGGGGAUGACCCUUGGUUUGCCUCAUGGCCACCAAUGGCGUAGGCUGAUCCAGAGCCUCGCCGAUCGUGGUGGCCAACCUCCUCGACGCCUUAGGAUCACUGCAGUUGGCCUGUCCGUGGAACGUUUCCAGGUCAUAGGAGAUGAGCUUGAGGCCUAUGCACGCAGUCUUGGAAUAAAUUUGGAGUUUUCAGUGGUGGAAAGCAACUUGGAAAACCUGAAGCCUCAAGAUAUUAAGGUGCUUGAUGGUGAAGUCCUUGUGGUUAAUAGCAUCCUUCAGCUGCAUUGUGUGGUGAAAGAGAGUAGAGGGGCUCUCAACUCAGUAUUGCAGAUAAUUCAUGAACUUUCACCAAAGGUUUUGGUUCUUGUUGAACAGGACUCGAGUCACAAUGGACCAUUUUUUCUUGGGAGGUUUAUGGAAGCACUGCAUUACUACUCUGCAAUUUUUGACUCCCUCGACGCAUUGCUGCCUAAAUAUGACACUAGGCGUGCUAAGAUGGAGCAGUUCUACUUCGCGGAGGAAAUCAAGAACAUUGUGAGCUGUGAGGGGCCUGCUAGGCUGGAAAGGCAUGAAAGGGUGGAUCAGUGGAGGAGGAGGAUGAGCCGCGCCGGAUUUCAGGCUGCGCCAAUCAAGAUGAUAGCACAUGCUAAGCAAUGGUUGGCAAAGACUAAUUCCUGUGAAGGUUAUACCAUUGUGGAAGAGAAGGGCUGCUUGGUUCUUGGCUGGAAAUCAAAGCCCAUCAUUGCAACUUCAUGCUGGAAAUGCUGA